AUGGGAACUGCCAACAAGAAAACCCUUACGAAGACGCGGAGGAAGACAAGGGACGUCGACGAAAUUACCAACGAUCUCCUGUCUCCCGCUCAUCUGGACCGCUACAAGGCCACUAAGGCUUCGGAAGACCUCCCUGGCCUCGGCCGCCACUAUUGCAUUGCCUGCGCGAAGUGGUUUGAGUCCGACUUUGCGCUUUCGAAACAUCAGCUGGCCAAGCCACAUAAGCGCCGGCUCAAGCAGCUGGCGGAGGGAGCCUACACGCAACGCGAGGCCGAGGCCGCCAUCGGCCUUCACACCGACAAUGGUCCGCAGACAAAAAUCUACUCAAAACCGCUAUCCGUGAGCACAACCGGCACAACAGCAGGCGAGACCGAAGUUGCGGCUCCGAAUGCGCUGCAGGCCACGACUGGCGAUGCGAUCAUGUCGUCAUGA